AUAUAUAUAAAUCAUUAGUCCUAUGUUUGCCAAAUUCCUGCCGACCAAAACGUAUCUUUGUUUCAAUGCAUCUUCGGAUUCCUAUUUUAAAACCAUUCUGCUGGUACUCCGCAGUGCCCCUGGCUGGCGUUGCAGCAGUGCAUCGAGAAAGGCAUCUGUUCGUCGCCUCGAUUGUGGACUGCCCCAGAGAUCAGAUGAUCGCAGAGCGAUAACCCAUACGAACGUUAAACUAAUCAGAACAAGCGCUAAGUCGAUCCGUGAGACGGUCACAGCCGCAGACCGCUACAGUCGCUACCAGGCCCAGUUCCGAGCGAUCUGCCAGCGGGUGAGCAUCUUCGAAAGCGAUUGCGAGAUGCAUGCGACAGAGACUGUGCCCAGCAUUGGCCUGGCCCCCAUAUCGUACGUGCCCUGCGUGCACUAUGCCACCCACCAGAACGGGACCGAUCACCGGGAGCUGCGCGUGGCGGACCUGGUGGCGGAGCGGACGGCGAGGCGGCAGUUCUUCUACGGCAUCGAGAUGGUGGCCUCGCAGGAGGGCAAGCCCACCUGCCUGGACUUCAACGAGUUCCUGCCCGUGCUGCCCACCUUCCUGAGCAUUGUCUGGCUGGGGGCCACCUACUGCAGCGUGGAUCCCAUCGAGCUGGUGACGAGCCUGCAGCUGGCCCGCAGCCUGGAGGCCCGCAUCCCGGUCAUGCCGCACUUAUCCUUGUACUGCUUGACCGAGGAGCGGCUGAACGAGUUCCUUGCCCUCAAUUUCACCAAUGUCCUGCCAAUACGCGGCGAUGCGGUCAAGGAGGGCCAGACCUUUCGGUACACCCAGCAGGUGGUGGAGCACAUUCGGCGGCAGCGAGGCGACAGAAUCUCCAUUUGCGUGGCAGGCUACCCCGAGGGAUACACCAACCUGGCCGAACCCCAGGACCCCGCCGAGGCCAUGAGAUACCUCAAGGCGAAGAUCGCCGCCGGAGCCGACUGCAUCAUCACUCAGAUGUGCUACCGCUCCGACACGAUUAUCCAGUUCAUCAAGGACGUCCGCAGCGCCGGCAUUACGGUGCCGAUUGUAGUGGGCCAAUUGGUGGCCGACAGCUUCCGCACCUACUGCCUGUCGGAGAACAUAGCCGGAGUGCACCUGCCGCCCGGUCUGCGGUCGGAGCUGCUCGCGAUCGAGUCGGACGCCGAGCGCGUCUCCCAGUUCUUCAUUCAGCUGAGCAUCCGGAUCAUUCGCGAUAUCCUGGCCGCCGACGUGGGUGUCUACGGCGUUCAGUUCUACACCUUCAACCAAUUUGCCCCCGUCCAGGCGGUGCUCAAAGAGCUCCGCACCCUGGACAUCCUCAAAGAUGAGGGCGGACAGUAAGUUGAAAAAUAAAACUGUAAUACAAUAAAGAAGGUAAGGCAUUCAAGGCCUAGAAAUGGCACAAA